CAAACUCCUGUCAACUAUUGUCGAUCGCAUUGAAUACAAGCAAAUGUCUGACUCUCCAAAGAAACAGCAUGAUGAAGACAUGGACGACGAAUUCGUCCCUUAUGUUCCAUUGAAGCAGCGACGACUGGAGAAAUUACACCAAUAUGCUACUCAACGACGGGUCCCUGAACCCACAACGCAACCGGAAUCAGAUUCAGAAGACGAUGCACCAAUAGCGGGCCCGAAAGCCAACAUUAGUUUACUGGAUCAAUCGGCCGAAGUCCGCAGACAGCGUGCUCUGGAAGAAAAGACGGAGGAACAAAAAAUAUUAGAGGAAGAGAAAAAGAUCGAAGAGGCACAAGCUCGACAUAAAGCUCUUGUGUCUGUGCAGGAAGCAGCUGCAGGCAUGCAGUAUACUGAACCUAUGAAGACUUCAUGGACACCACCAAAGCAUAUACGAGAGCGAUCGGAAGACGAUAAUGAAGCCAUUCGAAAUAAAUUUCAUAUUAUUCUCGAAGGCAAGGAUCCCGUGCCACCUAUCAAACACUUUGCUGACAUGAGAUUUCCAAAACCUGUUUUGGACUAUCUUCGUGACAAGAAAAUUCACAAGCCCACCCCUAUUCAGAUACAAGGAUUGCCUGUCGCGUUGUCAGGGCGAGACAUGAUAGGCAUUGCGUUCACUGGUUCUGGCAAAACGUUGGCAUUUUCACUGCCAAUGCUGAUGUUGGCACUAGAAGCAGAGCUAAAGUUACCAUUGAUUCGAGGUGAAGGUCCAAUAGGGUUGAUCAUAUGUCCAUCUCGAGAAUUAGCUCAGCAAACCUUUGAGGGAUUAUUGGCUAUGUCACAAUAUUUAUCGAAAGGUGGCUUUCCACAAUUGAGAUCUUUGUUAUGCAUGGGUGGCAUUAACAUGCGAGAGCAGCAAGACGCACUCGCGCAAGGAAUUCAUAUGGUGGUAGCAACCCCUGGAAGACUGCAAGACAUGUUGAAGAAGAAGCAGUUUAAUCUGGACUCAUGUAAAUACCUGUGCAUGGAUGAAGCUGAUCGUAUGGUCGACAUGGGAUUUGAAGACGAUGUUCGAAAUAUCAUGUCUUAUUUUAAGAGUCAGCGCCAGACGCUUUUGUUCUCGGCUACUAUGCCAAAGAAGAUUCAAGAGUUCGCCAUGUCGGCACUGGUCCAACCUCUAAUUGUCAACGUUGGUCGUGCUGGUGCUGCUAACUUAGACGUCAUUCAAGAGGUUGAGUAUGUAAAGCAAGAAGCUAAAAUAGUGUAUUUGCUGGAGUGUUUGCAAAAAACUCCUCCUCCGGUGCUGAUUUUUGCUGAAAACAAAAAUGAUGUCGAUGAUAUACAUGAGUACCUUCUCUUGAAAGGAGUCGAGGCAGUUGCCAUUCAUGGUAGUAAAACGCAAGAGGAACGCGAAUUCGCUAUCAGGUCAUUCAAGAGCUACAAAAAGGAUGUCCUCGUGGCCACCGAUGUGGCUUCCAAAGGACUCGAUUUUGCAGAGAUUCAGCACGUUAUUAACUUUGAUAUGCCUAAAGAAAUUGAAGAUUAUGUUCAUCGCAUUGGAAGAACAGGUCGUAGUGGAAAAACCGGUAUUGCUACCACCUUCAUCAACCAGAACUGCUCUGAACAGAUCAGACUGGAUCUCAAGCAUUUACUGCGAGAGGCCAAGCAACGUGUGCCACCGUUCCUUGAAGCAUUAGAAGAUCCGAGCGAAAAAUUAGGUUUGGCUGGAGGAUGCUCGUACUGUGGUGGUCUUGGUCAUCGUAUCGAUAACUGUCCUAAGCUGGAACAACAACGAAAGCAACAAAUGAACUCUAUGAUCGGUAGUCGAAGUGGUGGAGGAGGUGGAGGAGGUGAUUAUUAGUAUAGUGUUCUAUUAUCUUCUUAGAACAUAAAAAAGGUAUGACCCCACUCGAUUUGGUAACUAGGCAAUCCAGCGUCAUCCUCCUUGGAACCAAUAUAUUUACGCCUUA